UGAAAAUAAUAUCAUAACAAAAAGAAAAGAAAGAAGAUAUAAGACAGCAUAAAGCUCUCGCAUGGCGUCUCAAGAUUCUCAUAUGUUAUUGAGCUUCUUUAUAUAUACUCUUUUAGUCACUAUAGUGACCUCGCAAACGCGAUGCCAAAAUUUCAAGUCGAUCAUCAGUUUCGGCGAUUCGAUUACGGACACCGGAAACUCACUCGGCCUCUCUAGUCCUAACGAUCUUCCUGAGUCCGCGUUUCCACCAUACGGAGAAACCUUCUUCCACUAUCCCUCGGGCCGUUUCUCCGACGGUCGCCUCAUCAUCGAUUUCAUUGCUGAAUUCUUAGGGAUUCCACAUGUGCCUCCAUUUUAUGGAUCUAAAAAUGGAAACUUUGAAAAAGGAAUUAAUUUUGCGGUGGGAGGAGCAACAGCACUAGAAUGUUCUGUUCUUGGGGAGAGAGGAACUCAUUGUUCUCAAAGCAACAUCAGUUUAAGAGACCAGCUUAAGAGCUUCAAAGAGAGUUUACCAUAUAUAUGUGGCUCUUCAUCAGAGUGUAGAGAUAUGAUUGGGAAUGCUUUUAUUCUCAUUGGAGAGAUUGGAGGGAAUGAUUAUAACUACCCAUUAUUCGAUCGCAAAAACAUUGAAGAAGUCAAAGAGCUGGUUCCACUUGUGAUCACUACUAUUUCUUCGGCGAUCUCGGAGUUGGUUGAUAUGGGAGCAAGAACAUUCCUAGUUCCUGGAAAUUUUCCGCUCGGAUGCUCUGUAGCCUAUUUGACGUUAUACGAAACAUCGAACAAGGAAGAAUACAAUCCGCUAACAGGAUGUUUGACAUGGUUGAACGACUUUUCAGUAUACCACAACGAGCAGCUUCAAGCAGAACUCAACAGACUUAGGAAGCUUUACCCUCAUGUCAACAUCAUAUAUGGUGACUACUACAACACUCUGUUGCGCCUUGUGCAAGAACCAUCCAAAUUCGGGCUUAUGGACAGACCUUUGCCCGCUUGUUGCGGGGUAGGAGGACCAUACAACUUCACAUUUAGUAUAAAAUGUGGGAGUAAAGGAGUUGAAUAUUGUAGUGAUCCUUCCAAGUAUGUGAAUUGGGAUGGCAUUCAUAUGACUGAGGCUGCAUACAAAUGGAUAUCCGAGGGCAUACUCAAAGGACCAUAUGCAAUUCCUCCUUUCGAUUGGUCAUGCCUCAGCUCUGAGAUUAAGGACAAGAAGUCAUUAGAAACGCAAUAUUUUUGAUGAAUAGCUGAUACAAGCAAUUGUCUAAAACGUUAAGAGACAAGAAAGAUAAUGAGCUUUA